GCUAGGUAUUGCGUCACCGGCCUUCUCGACUCUGCCGCCAUUCCCUCUUCCCAUUGGACUAUGAAAUACGGCGAUACUUUGCGUCAACGUUCAAUACCGGAAUGGGGCCACUUCAACAUCGACUACGACUACCUCAAAGACCUCAUUAAACACCACACCACCACUGGCACUGGCAAGGCCGUCUCCAUCCCCGGUCAGGGCGGAACCAGCGAGAGGGCUUUCAGCGACACCUUUCUUCGCGCCCUCAAGGCCCAGCAUGAUCGCAUAACGCUAUUCGUACGGAGCAAAAGCGGCGAGAUCGAGCGUCGUUUGGACCACAUUGCCAAAAGCCUGGAGCCCUUGGGCCGAGCCCCUGGUGAUACCAAUUCCCGCGUGCCUGCGAGACUUGUCGAGAAAUAUGCCAAGAUCGACGCAGACGUAACAAAAACGGGGGAAGAAAUCCAAUCGCUCGCCCGCUUCCGAGUCGCCCAACGCACCGGGCUUCGUAAGAUCUUGAAAAAAUAUAAACGAUGGACCGGGGACCGGGAUAUAGAUCGCCGGUUCAAGAGUGAAGUCACGAGUAGUUCAGACAGCUUUUACCAGCUCAAUUUGGGCUAUCUGCUGGAUCAAUACAUUCAUGUCCUUGGCGCUUUGCGCGCAAAUUUUGACACCCUGGGCACCCCCAGACCCCCCACAAACACCGCAACAGCGUCUCUACCUUUGUUGGAUUUAGCCAAAGCAGCACAUACGGGUACUGAUGUUGACUUUGAUCUUGCGUUGUCGUUGACCCCGCUAGGGACCAGUGGCACCAAAGCAACAUACUGGAUACAUCCCGAUCAUGUUGUCGAAGCUAAGGUCUUGUUGUUACAGCAUAUGGGUACAUUUGAAAGCUCGGAUGCAUCUGCAGUGAACGGCUCCUUAGACGCAAGUGUGAGGAGACCUAGAUCUUCUGCGAACACUGAUGGUCAUACUGACAACGUUAAUACCGCUGGUCUGCUUAUCCUUGAUCACCCGGAGCUGUUUGCAAUUAAACAGAAUGCGAGCACUAUAGGGAGUAUUGAAGAGACGGUGGGAACGCGGCAGGUCAAAGCCGCUGGCAAUGCUCGGUGGACCUCUUCAAACAAUGCGGCAGUCGCGGUCAAUCUGGAUUCCAAUAGGAACAAUGAUCCUUUGGUUGCAAGGCUCAAGCGGAAGCAGCUCGCAGAUUUUUUUGAUACGGCGUCCUCCGCCUUUCAUACACGACAAGACUCACACUUGCAGCACCAAGAAGAGGAAAAUACCACUUCGGACGAAGAAAAAAUGCAUGCUACCCGUGAGUGGCUGCAGCAACAUACUCAAGUCGACCCCAUUGCUGGCAUUUGUUCUGAGCGAUCUCGCUUUGUAGGACUCCAUAACAACAAUUCGGGUGGUAUGUGGGCAAUAUUGGACGAGAACAUCUACAUGAAAUCUACCAUCCAUCAACAUUUAGAUGAUGAUGACUGGUUCUCUCGAGCACGUGAUGGAUCUAUCGCAUUUCCCCACGCUGUUCUCCAGGUCCGGAGAGAAGGGUCCCAUUCGUCUGCUCUCAUCCAAGCCCUGGACCGCAGUCAUCUGGUUGAGCGUGCACGUGGAUUCUCGCUAGAAGCGCAUGCAGUUUGGGCCUGUUGCAAGCCUGAUGCCAUGUCGCCUCCUGUCUGGGUGUCAUUGCUCGACAAAGAUAUCCGCAAACUCCCUCCGGCCAUCAAGCGGCAACGACGUAGAAUGAGCAGUGCCCAUGGCUCGGUAGCACAUCAUUCUCCUACACAGACUUCUACGUCUGUCAACUCACCUACAGAUGGAUUUUUAAGUCCAUUCCACCACGGCGAAUCCUCAGCAACAUCGGCGCAGGAAUUCGUAGAUCCACCACCACUACAAGCUUUCCGCAAGAAAAGAAAGUCACACGGGGGAUACCUGCCUACUGUGCAAGCGGAAUCUGAAGGGCAACGUUAUUGGAACGAGUACGACAACCCUGAAUCCGAAGACGAAGGUUACUACAUCUACAUCGACCCUGAUGCGCCCGUGAAAUUUCCGGGGCAGGAGUUCUUCGAAGCCUUCGCCGCCAAAGCAAGAAGGCUCUUUGGCAUCUCCGAGUCACCAGAAGAAGGGUCGUUGAUUGACAGUGCUGAAAGCAGCGACGACGAAAUCAGGGAUGAAUCUGCAGCAGAAACACGAGACUAUGGAACAAUGACCCCGAAAAAGGGCAGAGGGCCACAUGCAGGCUACUUCAGCAGUCUGUUCCAGACGUUCGGCAAUCCCCCAAGCGAAUCACUUGCCCACGGCGAAAACGCGAGAGAACGGCGCACGCUAUUGAGCGAGCUGCACGCUCAUCAACAUAGAACGGAAAUUAGCAAACUCCGGUUCUAUUCCAUGUGCAUCGUGAUGGCCACUGUAAUCGACAUAAUGCUGAGCAUCAUGACUAUGACUAGCCGCAAGAAAGAACGAGGCGUGGUCGACUUCGCCGUGCUUUUUGGCACAGCGAUCAACUUGAUAUUGUGCGCUGUUGCUCUGAUCAGCAUGCAGACACGCAGGGAACGAUUGGGAUGGGUGCACCAGGGAGUCAUGUGUGCGUUGGUCGUGGGCAAUAUCAUUGCGGAUUUCUUUUUGGUUCGAUGGGUCUUCGGGAUAUCUUGA